UGUCUCCUUAUAGGUGGGUUCUGCAGCCUCUCCUCUCCUCACACUCCAACCCUGCUCAUCUCUCAGCUGGACAGUAAGGGCCGUUCACACCACACACUGACAACAUGCUGGGGACACUCUGCACUCUCAUCACUGCUCUAACAUGUGUCAGUGGUGUGACUGUGGUGACACAGAAGCCUCCUGUUGUGACAGUGAGGAAAGGAGACACGGCCACCAUGGACUGUAACCUGGGGACUGUUCAAGAUAGUGGUGCUAAAUGGUAUAAACAGGUUCCAGGAGGAGUUCCUCAGUAUGUGAUAAGGUUCUACCAUGGUAAUAGUGCUCCUACCUAUGGCUCUGGUUUCUCCUCUCCUAAAUUCACAUCUAAUCAUCAGUCUAAAUCAGAUUAUCGUUUGAUUAUUAAUUCUGUGGAGGAGACAGACUCAGCAGUGUAUUACUGUCAGACAUAUGAUGCCUCUGUUAAAGAGUACGUAUUCGGACAAGGAACUAAGCUCAUUGUUACUGGCUCUACCCUCCCUCCGCCUGUCUUGACCAUCUUCCCUCCGUCCAGCGAUGAGUUGAAGUCCAGCAAAGUCACCCUGGUGUGUCUGGCCAGUCAGAUGGCCAUGGUCUACGCCGAUGUCAGCUGGACCGCGGGAGGGAAUCCGGUCACCGGCGGCAUCGCUACGAGUGGCCCGGUGCCGCAAGCCGACAAGACGUUCCAACUCAGCAGCUGUCUGACCGUUGACACGUCAGAAUGGAACCAGGACAAAGUGUUCUCAUGUAAAGUCACCGCGGGCUCCAAGUUCGCUGAGAAAGACAUCAAGAAGUCUGUAUGCAGCACUGAAUAGCCUGAGAACCAUUGUAAUGUCCAGUUGAUUUUCUACAUCACUUUUCAAUAUAUUGUUAAUGCAUUAGAAGUUUAACCUGCAUAUAUACAUUAUGUUCCAUAAAAGAUAAAUAGCUAAUCACACUGAUAUCAUAGGCUAUAUGAUAAGUAGACUUUUUAUAUUUGAAAUGGGUUGCUUUGUAGAUGUAUAAUAGAGGAAUAGUUAGAGCUUUGCUGUAUUGUGGAUAUUCAAUAAAGAACAUUCUAAAGAACAAGUGUUUGUAUUUGAGCAUGUUGAUGAACAUCAGUGUUAGCAGCUCUAAAUGAGGGGGAGUUUAACUGAACUCAAAUAGAUCAGCCUGCUCUCUGACUUUAGUCCAGAUCCAGAAAUAGUUGAUCUAGAUAUCCAGGAUGUAGAGCAGGUUUACUGUAAUGUUAAUGAAUAACCAGAGAUGGACCAGAGGU